CACACUCACACUUACAACUCCACCCACUGAACCCCACCAUGGCCGCCUCCACCAUGUCCGUCUGCUCCAGCGCUUGCACCGAGCCCUGGCAGGUGGACGACUGCCCAGAGAGCUGCUGCGAGCCCCCCUGCUGCCAGCCCAGCUGCUGCCAGCCCAGCUGCUGCACCUCAGCCCCCUGCCUGAGCCUCAUCUGCACCCCAUGCUGCCAGUCAGGCUGCACCAGCUCCUGCACGCCCACGUGCUGCCAGCAGUCCAGCUGCCAGCCGGCUUGCUGCUCCUCCUCCUGCCAGCCGUCCUGCUGUGUGCCCGCCUGCUGCACACCCGCCUGCUCCACACCCGACUGCUCCAACCCCCAGCCCUCCACACCCGUCCCCGCAGACAACCCACCCUGCGCCCAGCUCCUGCAACCCCGGCCACCCAACACCCAGCGGCCCAGGCACCUCCACGCCCGGCUGCCACAAGCCCAGCUGCCACACACCUGGCUGCUCCAACACCCCCUGCCAAAAACCCGGCUGCAACACACCCUCCUGCACACCCGCCUCCCCCCCCGGCCCCCCCCUCUGCAGACCCGCCUGCAGACCCCCCGCCUCCGCCCCAGCCGCCUCCUCCUGCACCCCCCCCGGCCACCCCAGCCGCUCCCGCCCACACAACUCCAGAUCCCGACUCGCCCGCCCCACCUGCCCCCGCCCGCCCAGAUCCAACCUCACGGCGCCCCAGAAGGCCUGCAGCACAACCCCCGCAACCCCCACCCACCACGAGCUCAGAACACCCAAGACCACACACCUCAACACACACCGCAGCCUGGCACCGACCUGCAGGAACAAAGACCAGGACCCGGACGACACCGACUAACCACCCGAGCCACCGGGCGGCACGGACACCUCACCCCCGGCCCACCCCUGAAAACCGCCCUCAACCUCCCAACCUCACCGCCCCACAGCAGCAACAAACCUCCCGCAACCCAAGUCUCCUCCCCUCAAAUUAAUAAACACACACGCUCGCGCCACACACCACCCCCCACACGCCAGGGACAGUCCGAGCAGCUACGAACGAACAGAACAAGGCACAAAGCACACCCCCGCACCAGCCGCAGCCAACGACCACAGACCAAAGACCAUGCUCAACACACAGCACCAGACAGCAAAGGGCCCCAGCACACGAAACACCUGGCAAGAGCACAGACCCCACAACUCACCACUGGCCACCCACCAACGCCCACGGGGGAAAACCGACCCCCGGACAACGUCGCUCUCCACGGAAAAGCCCAGCAAAGCAGCCGGAAAAAAAAAGCACAGCAAGACCAACAGCACCCACAGACCAAACUCCCAAUGAACAUACCCAGAGACCCACAAAGCACACAAAAGCCACCACAGAGCCACCAGUGCCCGCCACAAGCCCCCCCAGCCACCGCCCAGGCACCCAACACCAAGAAGCAGCCAAAAAAACACGGACACCUCAGCAACGAAAAAGUGGGCACAGAGAAAACACGGGCAAGAUGA